AUGGCAGUGGCUUUUGAUGCAAUUCUUGCACGGAUCAAGGAUGUUUGUAAAAGAAAUGGUUUGCUCAUUCUCUCGGUGUUGUCGGUCACCAUCGGCUGUCUUCUUGGAUUCUUCCUGAGGACAAGACGACUCUCCCAGCAGGAAAUUAGUUAUUUCCAGUUUCCUGGUGAGUUACUGAUGAGGAUGCUGAAAAUGCUGAUUCUCCCACUGGUUGUCUCAAG